GGGAGACUCCCCCGCCCGGGGCCCGCCCCGGCUCCGCGCUGAGGCGGCGGCGGAGCGCGGCGGGGCCACCCGGCCAUGGAGCGCUACGAGAAGCUGGGCAAGGUCGGGGAGGGCUCCUACGGAGUCGUCUUCAAGUGCCGCAACAAGGACACGGGUCAGAUUGUCGCCAUCAAGAGGUUCCUGGAGUCCGAGGAGGAUCCGGUGAUCCGGAAGAUCGCCCUGAGGGAGAUCCGUAUGCUCAAGCAACUCAAGCACCCCAACCUGGUGAACCUGCUGGAGGUGUUCAGGAGGAAGCGGCGGCUGCACCUGGUGUUGGAAUACUGCGAGCACACGGUGCUGCACGAGCUGGACAAGCACCCCCGCGGGGUGCCAGAGUACCUGGUGAAGAGCAUAACCUGGCAGACCCUGCAGGCUGUGAACUUCUGCCACAAACACAACUGCAUCCACCGGGAUGUAAAGCCAGAGAACAUCCUGAUAACAAAGCACUCGGUCAUCAAACUCUGCGAUUUUGGAUUUGCUCGAAUCCUGACCGGUCCCAGUGACUACUACACCGACUACGUGGCCACCAGGUGGUACCGCUCCCCGGAGCUGCUGGUGGGGGACACCCAGUACGGCCCGCCCGUGGACGUGUGGGCCAUCGGCUGCGUGUUCGCCGAGCUGCUCUCGGGGGUGCCCCUGUGGCCCGGCAAGUCGGACGUGGACCAGCUGUACCUGAUCCGCAGAACCCUGGGUGAGCGUCCCCCGCAGCACCGGAGCCUGCCCAGGAGCGAGUGGGGAGCAGCCAGGGGGCAUUUACCCAGCAGAUCUCUCCCUUUAGAAGGGGAUCUCAUUCCCAGGCACCAGCAAGUCUUCAGCACCAACCAAUUCUUCAGUGGGGUAAGAAUUCCAGACCCAGAGAGCAUGGAACCACUGGAAAUGAAAUUCCCCAAUAUUUCAUACUCUGCACUGGCUCUCAUGAAGGGCUGCCUUCGGAUGGACCCUGCGGAGAGGCAGAGCUGUGAGCAGCUGCUGCAGCACCCCUAUUUUGAGAGCUUUAGGGAGGCAGCAGAGCUGGGCAGAGAACAUGAAAAGAGCCCUCGGAAGCCAGCCAGGCUGACUCGGAAGCACGUGCCAGGGGUACAGCACCUGCCUCAGCUGACCUGCAGCAAUAUUCUCCCAGCUUUGGACAGCAAGAAGAACUGCUGCAAGACAAGGAAAUCAAAGUACCACUUCCCAAACAUCUGACCAGGGGGCAGAUCAAAACUCAGGUUGUUCAAAAUCAUCCAGGAUUUAUAAAUGGAGGAUAAGCAGUGGAAAACUAAAUUACUAAAAGUUAUGGCAUGUGCAGAGUGGUCUCUACUCUGGGUUACUGAUGGAGAGGAAGCAGUGCAGAAAGAACUCCAAUCUCAUCUCAGUGUUCUGUGUACAAAGGCAAAUACAUUUUUAAUUCCUGAUUGCCUCCUGGUUCAGGAUUACCCCAACCCAGUGCUUACAGUAUGAAAUUUCAAACUCUGGCCUACCUGUCUCCUGCAUUUCAGACUGGGCAGGAGAACUCCACCUUGCCAAAUACACGAGUCCCUCCUGCUUUAGCCUGGCCCCAAGUCCCUGCUGUGCUGCUGAAGGGGUGAAGAUGUGCUGGUGAGCUCAGAGCUGGUGACUGCUCAGGCUCCGCAGGCACCACGCCCAGGAGAACAGAGCAACAACAUCCCUGUUGUUUCUUUAGUCUUUCCAGAGCUGCUCCUGCAAGUUCAGUCCUUGAAUUCUGCUUCUGACAAGAGUGAGGGCACUUGCUUGUAGUUGCAAAAAUGAUUUUAUCAAAAUUAAUCAUGAAUGUAAUUUAUAACAUUGGCCAGACACAGGCAGGAAUUCUGCCCAAGUGUUUGCAUUAGAACAACUGGGGUUUGUGGAAUCUCAGAAUGUAAUAUUGUGUUGAUUUUGAAUAAAAGAAAUGUAGCUUCUUUUUCCAAUGUACUGUAAGUAUUUUACUAUAUAAAGCUUUACUACUGGGCAAGAACAUCCUCUUUUUACUGACACAGCAGAAAUGUUUUGCCAGUACAUUUUGUGUUCCACAACAGUAAAAGCCCUUUAA